UUUUAUUCUAAAACCUGAUUUUUAGAGUUGCUGAAUAGAGAAGCAGAAGCAAGUACUAAGGGCAAUACAGAUAUCCAAGAAGAUGUUGAAACAAAAUUACAUGUCCAAAGCAAAAAUGAUAAAACUGCUUCUUCUGCUGAGGAUAUGCUUGUUCAGAAAAUAAACGAACUUCUUCGAGAAGUCAACAGUGCACCUGAACCUAAAACAAUUAAUGAGGGACAUGUACGAGAACGCGUGCAAAGAUAUAUACAGGCAAAGAAACUUUGUUCAAAUGAUGAAGAAUUGACACUUGCCGUUAUGGAACUGAUGAUAGAUAUAUUUAAGCAAUCGGACACUACAAUUCUCCCUGCAGAAAAAUGCUGUAUUCGUUUCGUGAUAAGGUGUAAAUCAUACACAGGUCUACUUGAACUUCUAGAAUAUCUAGAUAGUAAUACAUUUGACCAGCGAAUUCAAGACAUAACAACCGCCUUGAGAAAACAGACAGAAAUAUCAAUAUUUCUUACAGUGGUGGUUUCAGCUGAUAGUUUGCAGCAAAUCAAGAAAAAUCUAAUACAAAAUCAGAUGGCGACAGAGUCUUGUAAACCACGAAGCAGGACUGUUAAUCUGCCCGUCCGUAGUAGAAAUAUCAGAAGUAUUGAACAUGUAUGGAAAUUAUUCCAGGAGGGGGAUAUAAAUCCCCAUCUUUUCAACAUUUCUAGAAUUCUCUCAACAAUAGUUGGUGAUGAUAUAGGGAUUACGUCCUCUAUCAAUUUGAAAAAGUUAAAACAGUCGCUGCAAAACAUUGAAUCGAAUACCGCUCAUACAAGUCACGAUGAAUCUAAAACAGUUACAUUGAAAGAAAAUCUAGACGAAGUAUUUCCAUGUAGUAUCAGUGACCGAGAUGUUGUCAACGAACAAGCCCAUGCUGAUGUUCCGUUUAUUAGACGUAGACAGAGGCAAGAGAGAAAAUCCAGGAGUACAGAUGACAGGUCCUUGUUCAGUGCACAAAAACAUCGCUACAAAGAAACAGCAGAGAAACAGUAUGGUGAUCCUGAUGAAAAGGUGCCGUAUUUGUCUUACAUAAAAAUGAUAUCAUUUACCACUAAACAAAGACUUAGGUCCCUGGAGCAUAGAACUUACAAUAGAGAAAGUGAUAAGAGUUCUCCACGUGGAAGUUUUUAUCAUGCAAUUUCGAGAAAAGAAAAGCUACAGGAACAAGGCAUAUGUGCCGAUUCGAAUGUGCCAAUAUUAGACAUUGAAGGUGAUGAUGCAAUGACUCAAAGACUAGAAAGACUCCGAGUGGCAAGAGCCAAGAUUCUUGAACAAAGGCAAUCUGAUGAAGUUAUUUUGCAAAGUUGCAAAGACUGUGAUGAAAAAUCUAGGUCUGAAUCAACAAGUAGUGUUUCUUUACAAAAAUCUGACCGGGAUAAGGUUCACACACAUGAACCAGUUUCCAUGUAAGAUUGGCAGAAACAGAAACAUACCACUAAAUCAGCUAGACAGAUGAUUUAAAAGCUAAGUAUAUUAUAAAACGUGAUGACAAUCAAGAAAAGAUUCCAACAGAUGAUUAAAGUCUGUCUAGGAAAAGGUCUAGCAGAAAGGAUAGAAUGGAUGAACAUAAAUAAUUUUGGUCUAAAAAGAGUGAACAUGAUAAAGAUACAAGCAGUGUAAAGUCUAAAUCUGAGUCAGACUCUGUUUCAACAAUAGAGGAAGAAAUGUUAGAUUGGUCAUCAAAAGUCAUUUGAGUCAAAAAAAGUUUGAAAAUGUUGGUCACUCAUCACUAUCUGGUUCAGUUUAUUCAAAGUCAUUACCUGUUGUUACUACAUCAUCUGUAUCAACAUUAUCAUCAGUAUCAACAGCAGUAGCAGGAGCAGCAGCUUUAACAUUACUACAUUUCGUGCACAUCAAGAAAGAAUAGAAAAACCUAAAAACGAAAAAUCAAAAGAAAAUACUCAAUAAAAAAAUUGAAGUAGAUACCAAAGGAUCAAAAGUAGAGACACAAGAUACAAGUGAUAGAAAAUAUAAGAAAUAUGCAAAAGCAAAAUCUUUAGAACUAGGGGCAUUAACAAAGAAAGACAAAACUGAUAAUGUGAGAUCAGCUGAAACUAAAGAUGAUAGUAAAUUGGACAGUGCAGAAGAUCAAGCACAAUUAAGUAGAGUUGAAAGAAUAGCUAAAUAUAAAGAAGAGAGGAGAAAACAAUUAAAAACUCUCCAAGAAAGGUUUGCAAAAGGAGAAAGCUCAGAGUUACCAUCUUUAUUCCUAUCUAGCAAACCUGAGCAAGAAGACUCUUCUAUAUCUAGAUCUAGAAGUUUAAAAGUUGAAUCAUCUGAUAAUAAACAUGAAACCUCAAUAUCUAGAUCUAGAAGUAUGAAACAAGAUGCUAGUUACUCUGAUAGAUCAUGUCCUGCGUAAGGUGAGCCACAUAAAAUGCCUUGACCUAAAUUAGCAGAACUAGGUUCUCAUAGAAAACCAUAAGAAGUAGAUAAAGGAAAAGAGAUAUAUGAAUCUAUCGAAAUGAAAUAUAAUACUGAUAAUUUCAUUGACAAAUUGCAAGCUCUCAAGAAACUGAAAGAAGAACAUGCUAAAAGGUCAGGUGCAGUCCAAGAUGAAGGCAUUAAUAUAAGGUACUCUAAAGAAAUCAAAGAUGAUGAAGUUGAUGUUGGUAAGCCUGUAUCUUAUGCAUCAAAAGCCUUGCUAGCUGAUAGAGUUAUGGAAAAAUCUUCUAGAGAAAAAGCACAAUCACCAGUGCGUGAAAGAAUAAGAUCUAGUUCUAUUGAGAGAGAAACAGCUGGAAAAACUGAUAAAACAUUUAAGCAACCAUUACCAAAGGAAACAGAACAAAAAAGUUAUUUUGCAUUUGGAACUGUGUUUAUAAAGAAAGAAAGAAAACCUGAAAACAAAAGAGAUGACAAAAAAUAAAUUUAGAAGAUAAAAGGAAAUUGAAAAGGAAAUUGAAACAGAGAGAGAUAGUGCUGAAGCUUCUGCAAGAAUUCGAAGGAAGUUACCAUCUGUAGAAGAUGUUGUAGGUACAGGUUCCACUGUGACAGAUACAGAUAAAGUUGGAAAUAUAGGUCAAGAGAAACAUUUGAAAAACGAAAGGGAGGUAGAAAACAUAAAGCAGUAUAAAAUGAAGUGUGUAAGGAAGAGUUAUCCUCUAUGACUGCUGAACAGCUAAGUAAGAGAAAAGGUGCUAAAAAUAUUGAAAGAGCAAAACAUAAGUUUGUGGAAGAUGAUACACAUGCAAUUGCUUAUGAUGCUUCUAGAUUUGAUCUCGGAACAUAAUGUACCAUUAAAAAACAGAUAAGAAAUCAUUCUCUGACAAAAGUGUUAAGCAAGAAAUAAAGUUGAAGAAAAUCUCAAUUAAAAAGACUCAUCAGAACGAUCGAGGCAGAUUUUAUUAGAAGUGUCAUCAGAAUAUGAAAAUGUUCAGAAGAAACCUCAAGCUCAUAAAGAUGAAAAACAGGGCACUGCAUUUGCUCAAUCUGAGAUUCAAACUCAACCAGAGCGAAAACGUUCUCAUAGAAAAGAAAAACAAUUGAAUGACGAAAUAAGAUCUCAGCAAUUAGAUAAAAAUGUAAAAGAGGAAAAACUACAAUCAGUCACAGAUGACAAGUCCCGAAAACCUCCUUCCUCACCAAGAAGUGAAAGAAGAAAACAAGCUGAAGAGAGAUUUGGUAAGGCAUCUGAAACUCAAGGUUUUGACUUUGGAACUAGUUAUGUUAAGAAAGAAGUGGUUCCAAAGCAGGAGGGAAAAGCAAAAAGGUCAAUGAAAUACGAAGUUCAAUCAAAGAAAGAAGAAACAAAUCAAGAUGCACAACAGAUUUCAUCUGGAAGUGUUGGAAAUGAAGAAAACUCUUCAAAGCCUACUCCAGAAAUGAAAACCAGAAUUAUUGCAAAAACAAGCUCCGAUAGUGAAAAAUAAAAAUAUCAAAAGUAGUUCAAGAAGAGGCCGACAUAGACAACAAGAAGAACAAGUUUCUGUUCCCAUUACAGCACCACCUGAAGGUAAAUCAUCAUUUGAAUCUUAAGUCAAACUAGACAUGAAUGCAAGGAUUGUAUCAACAGCUACUUGAAAAACACAAGAGGUGCCAUCUAUGUCUAGAGUUGUUUCACCUUCAAGAGCUAUUGCCAAAACUUUUGAAGGAGUUCCUUCAAGGCAAUAUAAUAUUUUUGAAAGUGGUGUGGCAAAAUCAGAUCCAUUACCUAGGGAUUGCUUUGUCUAGCGGUAGAACAUUCAUAUCAGCGACCAACACACUAAACGGUAAAGCGUCACGGGCUGUGAGCUAAUUUUUUAAUGUAACAAGAGAUAAGAAAGUUCCCAUUGAUAUAACGUUAAGCCUGUUUGAUACAAAUGUUCUACCAAUCCAUAAUCAUAGCUGUGAGGUAUGGGGUAACAUGCCAUCGGAGAAUUUGAAAAUCGUGCUUCGGAAAUUUUAUAAAUGGUUGCUCAAUGUGAAAAUGUCAACAAGUACUCUUUCAUUGUUUGCAGAAGUAGGUCGAUUUACAUUAUAUAUUUUAUAACAUGUAAGAAUUGUUUAGUAUUUUAAAAAAUUAUAUCAAAAUAAAACAAACAAUUGUAUAUGAAAUUAUAUUUCUUAUUGUCUGAGAUAGGAGAUGAAAUCAAAAUCUAAUACUGUAAAGUUGUUAUCCAAAGUCAAAGCACUCUUACAAAGUGCCGGAUUCAAUGAUGUGUGGAUGUAUGCAGAAUCAGUCAAACUUAAUAUAUUUAUACCAGUGCUAAAUGGUCGUUUAAUCACACAUGUACAUAUUUUUCUUCUUUGAUUUUGAACAUACUAAAAUCGAGUUUAGCCGGUCUAAAUACCUAAACAUUGUUGAUUCUAAAAAAAUUAGAAAUACUUAGGCUAAACUCAGAUUAUCAUCAAUUAUUCGUAGAAACCGGUAGACAUAAUGAUAUUGAUAGAAGUGACCGAAAAUGUUUUAUUUGCAACAAUAUUGACAUAGAAUUUGAAUAUCACUUUGUAUUGAUUUGUCCCUUGAAUGAUUCUCUUAGGAAACAGUAUAUAUAUCGAAGUACCGUAAUAUUGCAAAAAAACCUAGAAUGUUUAAAGCUGCAUGCCUCCAGAUGAGCCAAAAUAUUUCAAGAAAAUAAAACUUGAGAAAAAUGUAUUGAGUUUUAUGAAAAGUAAAAAGAUUAAAGAUAAAAGUAAUAAUUUCCAGUAAUUUUCACCAUAUUUCUACUGCGUUACUAACGCAGUCAGGGUUAAUUUUGCAUAUUUUGACCUCUUUUUGUGAUUUACAUUGGUUGUAAGUGCCGUUUGAAAUGUGCAUAUUAUUUUAUCUGUCAGCUUAACAAUAUUUUACUUUUGAAUACAUUUUCAAAAUUUUCAUGAACAUUAGCCGGAAUCUGGAGGCGUGCUGCUUUAAAUUUUUAGAAUUGUUGAAUUCAGAAAGGAUGUAUUAAUAUAAUUCAUUUAAAUUAAGAUUUGAUUCAUUGAAUGCCAAGUAAUAUGAGACCCUGUUGUAAUGUUAAAGUUAUAUAAGAAUUGUAUAUACUUUAUGUGCUGUAUUACAAUCUCACUAAAUUUACUUCUUUGUUGAUAUGCUUUACAAUAUUUAAUAUUUCUCAUGCAUUUUUAUAUAUUGUUGUAGAUGAGCCUUAUAUGCUUAAUUCAAAAUUAAAUAUAUGUUCUUUCUUUUCUGUUUUCACGGUUAAAAUACUUUGUAAUAAGCCGUCCCAUGGACAUGUGGUGAUGGUUGCUGACUUGAAAUAAUCAAGCUAGCUUUCAUAAGGAAUGUGGCUCUCCUUGGGUACCUGCUCGUGUUCGAAAAAAUGCACAAAAGUAUACUUGAAUUAUUCACCACCAAUAAAAAUAGCCUCAACAAUGUCGGCAAAAAAGUAUAUAAUCUUGAAUAAAUGUUGUUAUAAUGUUUUUAUUGUUGUCACCAUACACUAAGAUAACCUCAUUUCAUUGCAAUAGAAUACCAGUGUCUAUGUCGUCAGUUAAACGACAAUUAUAUUUUUGUCAAUUACUGCAUU